UCAAAAUCAUAACUUCAAGCGCUUACAGUUGUAUCGAAGAAAGUGGCCUACAUUUCUUCUCGGCUAUUAAAUUCAAAGUAAAGGAUCAAAUGGAUUAACAUGCGUCAAAUACUGUCGGCCCCGCUUAGGAGCUGCACGCGAAUCAUAACCACGAGCGUUCGUUGGAAGUCGAGUGAGUCUUUCCUUACAACGACCAACAGCCAAUAUAUCGAAUACCUCUACAAAAAAUGGCAAAAUGAUCCCAAAUCUGUUCCCAAAUCAUGGGAUGUUUACUUCGGUAAAUUCAAUGCCGCUGCCGCUACCGCUACCGAAAAGCCAGCCUCCCUCAAGGUCUCCUCCAAUCUAACAACCGUCCCAUCCAAUCUGAUGCCUCAGCAGAUCAACGAUCACAACUUAUUGACGAAACCGAGGGUGAGAUUAAAAUCAGAAGCUGAGAUACAAGGCGAAGCUUUCCUCGAUCAUACGCUACAUGUUAACUCCCUUAUCAGAGCAUAUCAGACUCGAGGACACUUAAUAGCAGAUGUUGAUCCGCUCGGUAUACAAAAUCCCGAGUCAAAGAAACUUCGUGGGACAAGCGAUUUGCCGCCGAAAGUCGUUGUACGCGAACAUCUCAAGGGCAUUCAUGAGAGUGAUUUCGAUCGGGAAUUUCCUCUAGGAAUAAUCACUGCUAUUGGAGGCGAUAAGAAAAGUCUGCCACUACGAGAAAUAAUAAAACGAUUGAAUAAAGUCUAUUGCGGUCAUCUGGGCAUCGAGUAUAUUUACAUACACGAUCCAUCUGUUUUGGACUGGUUGUGCAAUAAGUUUGAGAGGCCGGGAGCGUGGGAGCUUGAAUCCAAUCAUCGCAUAUGGAUUUGGAAGAAUAUAAUGAAAGCGGUAACUUUUGAACAUUUUCUUGCAAAAAAAUUUGGACCCGAGAAGCGAUUUGGAUUGGAAGGUUGUGAAUCUUUCAUUGUAUCCAUGAACCAAUGCUUAGAAAGCUGCGCAGAUCAUGGAGUGGAAACAACUGUAAUUGGAAUGGCACAUCGGGGUCGUUUGAAUACAUUAGUCAACGUAUGUUCAAAGCCAUUACAUCAAAUUCUAACGCAGUUUAAGCCUAUUAAUAUCGAAGGAUUAGGAUCAGGAGAUGUAAAAUACCAUUUGGGAACUUAUACUGAAAAAUCAUUAGAAAGAAGUAACAAGAAAAUACAUACGACGAUAAUGGCAAAUCCCUCGCACUUAGAGGCAGUCGAUACGGUUGUGAUAGGUCGUGUCAGGGCAGAACAAGUCGAUAAAGGAGAUGCAAAAGAAGGAAUAAAAUCUAUCGCUAUUUUAGUCCACGGGGAUGCCGCAUACAGUGGUCAGGGUAUUUGCUACGAAACAAUGCAUUUGACUGACCUUCCAGAUUACACGACCGGUGGAGUUCUACAUAUCGUCAUCAAUAAUCAAAUUGGCUUCACAACAGAUCCACGAUAUUCGCGUUCGAGCCCACACUGUACAGACGUAGGCCGAGUGACUAAUGCGCCAAUUUUUCACGUUCACGCCGACGAUCCAGAUUUGGUUUCCUACUGCAGCAAAGUCGCUUGCGAAUACAGAGCCGAAUUUCAUAAUGACGUGGUGCUUGAUAUCGUGGGCUAUCGCCGAAAUGGACACAAUGAGAUGGAUGAGCCGAUGCUUACUCAGCCACUAAUGUACAAACGCAUUCAAUCCCAUCCUAAUGUACUGAAAAUCUACAGUGAUAAACUGCUCAAAGAAGGACUCAUCGAUGAGCCAUUUAUAAAAGAGGAAAUGGAAAAAUAUGAAGCAUACUGCACAUCCGAAUUUAGAAAAGCUCAGGAAAUCAGUACAAUGCAAAUAUCAGAUUGGCAUGAUGUGCCAUGGACGGAUUUCUUUUCCAAACAAAAUGCCAAAAAUCCAAUUCCCCAUACUGGUAUUAGUAAAAAAGAUAUUUUACUGAUUUGUCAACGUAUUUCCGAACCGCCGGCAAACAUCAAAGUUCAUUCAAUGGUCUACCGAUUGCUAAACAAACGCCAAAAGCUGAUAAUGUCCGAGCACAUAGACUGGAGUAUGGGCGAGUGCCUGGCCUUCCUCAGCCUCCUCAAGGACGGCCAUCACGUGCGUCUCUCCGGGGAAGAUGUUGAGCGCGGGACAUUCUCCCAUCGAAUGCACAUAAUCCAUGACCAGGAACGCGACAAGACCUGGGUGAAUAUGUUGAACAACGUAUUCCCCAACCAGGCGCUCUACACCGUCAGCAACUCGUCGCUAUCGGAGUUCGGAGUCUGUGGUUUCGAGCUUGGCUACUCAACGUACAAACAUAACUCUCUUGUAAUAUGGGAAGCCCAAUUUGGUGAUUUUGCCAACAGUUGUCAGGUGAUUAUCGAUAAUCUGCUGUGCUCGGGGCAAUCGAAGUGGGGUAGACAAGUGGGCCUCGUAAUUCUGUUACCUCACGGCAUGGAGGGUCAGGGCCCGGAACACUCGUCUGCGCGGCUCGAACGCUUUCUUCAGCUCUGCGACGACGACGUUGGCGAUUACGAAGUGAACGAGAAUCUCGAGAACGCGUCUACGCAACAACUAUUCUACAUCAAUUGGAUUGUCUGCAAUCUCACUACACCGUCUAAUCUCUUUCAUGUUCUGCGCAGGCAGAUUCUCAUGCCUUUUCGCAAGCCGUUGGUUAUCAUGACCCCGAAAUCGCUGCUGCGUCAUCCCAUGGUACAGUCGACGUUCGACGAGAUCGGGCCCGAUACUCACUUCGAGGCCCUUAUCGCCGACACGAUUGCUAAGCCCGAGAGCGUGAAAAAGGUCAUUCUUUGCGCUGGCAAAAUUUAUUAUGAACUAGUCACCGAAAGAAAGGCAAGGAAUCUCCAAGAUCAGAUCGCGAUUUUAAGAGUCGAGCAAUUGUGUCCAUUCCCCUAUCACUCGGUCUCCCAGCAAAUUGCUAAUUAUCCUAACAGCAAGGUAAUGUGGGUGCAAGAAGAGCACAUGAACCAAGGUGGUUAUCACUAUGUUCGUGACAGGAUUGCGUUCGCUCUCAAGAUACCCCUUGACAAUGUGGAAUACGCAGGUAGGGCGAGCUCGUCUUCACCGGCAACCGGCAGCAAAAUCAUCUUCGACAAUGAGACCCGGAGCCUUCUCGACGCAGCCAUGAAAUUGAAUUGAAAAACCAAAUUCAAGAUCGGCAAUUUUUACGUUGCACGACACAACCGUUA